UACAAAAGAAUCUGAUUAGAGAAUAGGUGAGGAGUGAUGGUUCAGAAGUCCUAUCUUUCAUCAUCAAUGAGACUACAACAUCAUGGUAGAGUAAAGCCAUAACUAGCUAGUGAUUCCCGUGACACUUCCCUCUGCACAAAAGUUAACAACCCCUUCCUAACCCAUCUCUACCCCUUUUUAUGUAUGUCUCUUCUGCCAAACAAAACCUCUGCUACACUCUAUCACACUCUCUUCCUCUGCUCCAUCACUUCUCACCAACAAUAUUGGUACAUUUUACAUUGAAGGACACGAUGCAAGGUUCAACAGGGUCAUUAUUGAAGCAAUUGAGUGUGAAGGAGGCUUGGAAAUCAACAUCAAGUAGGUGGGGUGGGAUGGAGAAGGGGUGUGAGACUAGUUUGAGCCAAAUGGAAGGUUUUUCCAUGUAUGGGAAUGAGGACAGUGGGAUGGUAGGGAAAAAGAGAGUGAUGGUGGUGGUGGAUCACACUUCACAUUCCAAACAUGCAAUGAUGUGGGCACUCACUCAUGUAGCUAAUAAGGGUGAUUUGCUCACUUUGCUUCUUGUUGUACCUCCUCAUAAGGCCUCUGAAUCUUCCUGCUCUACCUUUCUAGUCAAUCAUCUUGGUUCCCUUUGCAAAGAUUGCAAGCCAGAGGUGGAAGUGGAAGCACUUGUGAUCCAAGGACCAAAACUGGCCACAGUGAUGAGUCAAGUGAAGAAGCUGGAGGUUUCAAUCUUGGUAUUGGGCCAAAAGAAACCAUCUCCUCUUCUUAGCUGCUUGUGUGGAAACAACAGUAUAAGCAGCUCAGAGGAGUUUGCUGAGUAUUGCAUCAACAAUGCAGAGUGCUUGGCAAUUGGAGUGAGGAAGAGAAGUCAAGGCAACAAUGGCUACCUUAUUAGCACGAGGUGGCAGAAGAACUUCUGGCUACUGGCUUAGAUCCUGAGAUUCUUCACUUUAGUUGCUAGUAGUAGCUAUAGUUAGGAUCUCACAAAAACCUUCAAAUGCUGAAAAUUAACACAAUAAUAUGUGCCUUAUAUUCUAGUUCUAACAUCAUUGUCAUUGUGCUAGUGAAAUGACUCGGUGCAUCCAUUUACAUAUACUAUAUGAUUAAUUCAACAUGAUUGUGACCAA